AUGGAUAAUGCUGUGGAAACUCAACUUGGAAUUGGUAAUGCCAAGAUUCUGAAAAGAGGAAUUCUGGAUUCAGACGAGGGGAAGUUGUUUUUGAAAUUUGGGAACAAUGAUCUAGUGAUUGGAGAGUUGGAAUCAUUGAGAGCAAUCUAUGCAACUGACACAGUGAAAUGUCCGAAACCAUUUGGAGUUGUGGAGUACAAUGGAACUCAUGCAUUGGUAACCAGUUACAUUGAUUUUCAACAUGGAAAAGAUUGGGCCGAAGCGGGGAAGCAGUUGGCUAGAAUGCACGCGAAAAACCACGAAAACCUGAAACAUAGAGAACGACGCUCUCGACUUCUCAGCUUCAAUUCAGAAGUGUCAGAAGAUUCGGAGUGUCCGGACAGUCUGGAAUCUGGAACUGAGAAGUAUGGGUUCCACGUGGCAACUUGUUGUGGAAGACUUCCUCAAGAAAAUGAGUGGACGGAUAGUUGGACGCAAUUUUUCAUUUGUCAUCGUCUCAAACCACAGAUCGAUCUAUUGAUUGAGAAACACAAUGAUCGGGAUCUAUCAGAACUGUCUGAAAUAUUGUAUCGAAAAACAGAAGAGCUAUUGAAAAGUCGUGAGAAUACAGUAUCCUCUCUGGUGCAUGGAGACUUGUGGGGCGGCAAUUGGAGUAUGGUCUGCACAGACUCCGGUGGCGUGCAACCGAUAGUGUUUGAUCCAUCUUCUAGUUAUUCAGACCCGGAGUUCGAAUUUGGAAUUAUGAAAAUGUUUGGUGGAUGGACAAAAGAGUUUGAGCAAGAAUAUGACAAGAUAAUAGGGAAAUGCAAAGGAAGAGAUGAACGGGUUGCUUUAUAUGAACUGUACCAUAAUUUGAAUCACUGGAAUCAUUUUGGUGGAUCAUAUAGAACCAGUUCUUUGAAUCUCAUCAGAACCAUCAUUUGA